UGGCCUGCGGACAGUGAAAGAGGGCGGUGUCGCAAAGAACAGGACCUUGAAGAUGUUUCACUUCUCUUUCAUGUCUCUUUUCGAAGUGCUUCGCUAAAAGGUUUGAUUUCCACCGAGACACAGGGAAAACAUGAAUGCACUCAGGUGGCUUUCAUACAUGGUAGAUGAGACGACUUCCUGUUCUUGGUGACGGUGCUGAAAUGAAGCUUCCUGUCACCCAACGUUAAGGUAAAGGCAGCCUCGUUCGGCGUGACAUCACUCUCACUUGACUUGAGCAGAGGCGAGGUUUUCGCCUUUGGGGAACAAGUCCAGGAAGCUGCGUCAACAGAUAAGACACCAAACGUGACUUGUGUAUGGUGCUUGGUGGCACACAUGGAAGGUCUGUGUGGUCUCUGGACCCUGCUGCUGUGGGCUACUAUCAUCUCGUCGGCCUACUGUCAAAGCAAAAUAGUUACUACUCCCGUUCCUUCAAAGGAGGCCACAAGCGCAAACAUUUCAAACAGCAACACACCCGUCUCUCCUCCCCCAAACACCCUUCAGAUCUCAAAUGCCUCUACACCCUUCCAGUGCUCCUACAAUGUUACAAACAUCAAGUAUGGCUUCAGGUUUGACAUCACCAGCUCUUCCACUGGCGGGUACAGAAUCCUUUUGACCGAAAAUGGCUUGACAAGCCCGCUGGAGAGAACAAUCUAUAACAAGACAUCGGUCGACAUCCCACACCUAAAGCCAUGCACUGAAUAUGAGCAUGAAGUUGAAUAUCUUGCUAGCGAUGGCAAGACAGAAACUUGUAUCUUCAGCAAUGGUGUUCUUAAUUCCACCUUUACAGACAAAAUGAGUAAAGAUGAAAUCGCCAUUUGCAACUCCAACACUAGCUGUCUUUCGCACACGACUAAAUGGGAUCUCAGCACAUCACUGUUACUUCCAGAAAAUGCUCAUUUGGAGCUAUGUGACAAUAAAGUGUGCAUCAGACCAGCCUACAGUGACAUUUGCUCUCAACUCACAACAACCGUCACUUGUGCAAGAGAAAAUGAUUCCUACAACCUAACAACGUUCAUCCAUGCAGAUUUCCUUUCUGGAUUUUCAAAUCAAAAUACAAUACCACAGUAUGUUCCCUUUAAACUUCCUGGGAACAUCACAGCAGAUUUACCUCCCAAAUGCACCAAUCUCAACGUUGUUUACUCCUGUCUAGAUGAUGAAAAACCCACGAAUGUUUCUGAUCUGAAACCCUUCACAAACUACACUUGUACUGGUCAGAUUAGGAAGGAUGAUGCCAUCAUAGCAAAUCUCUCACCGAUCUCUGUCAAGAUUGAUUGUGAUCUUAAAAUCCAAAUCGUAACAAAAAACAAGACUAAUACCUCCAUUGCACUGGAAUGGACAACAGCAAGUGAGAAUUGCUCAGAUGUCAUAGCUCACCUCAAUCUGCUAUCAUAUACAUGCAUCUGUGUGCCUCAAAUAGGAAAAGGGAUGCAAAGAGUUGGUAUGGCGAACAAACUAAACGAGAUGCACGCCUGUAAUGUUGAUGACUUGGCUCCAUACACCAAUUAUAUCUGUGAAAUCCAACCGAUGUACAAUAAUUUGAGUGUUGAAAAAGCAAGUAAACAUGACUUCACUACAGCCAUUGGAGUGCCAGAUGGCAUCACUGGUCUGCAAGCAGUUGUUGUAGACAGUAAUAAUAUUAAGGUGACCUGUGACCAUUCAAAUCGGUUUAAUGGACCCAUGAAGGAAUUCAAUGCAAUACUUCUUAGUAGUACAGUUGUGCUACAUAAAAAUAAGGAAUGUAAAUUCCACUUCAAAGAUCUGAGCUAUUCUACAACUUACCAAGUAGAGAUAUUUGCAUCCAACCUGCACUUCAACAGUACAAGCUGGAAAGAAACUGUAAAAACUUAUUACAAUGACAAAGCCCUUACAGGGUUUCUUAUCUUCCUCAUCAUUUUCACAUCUGUGGCACUACUUGUGGUCAUCUACAGGAUCUACGUAGUGAAAUGCCGAAGGUUCCAAGACACGAGUGAAGACAUUCCUCUAAUCCACAAUGCAACUUCUGUGGAGCCGAUCGAAGCCAACAUCUUGCUGGAAGCAUACAAAAGGAAACUCGCUGAUGAGGGCCGCCUUUUUCUGGCCGAGUUUCAGAGCAUUCCCAAAAUAUUUACCCGCUACACAGUGAGAGAGGCUAAAAAAACUUGCAACCUCCCCAAGAACCGUUAUGCGGACAUCCUACCAUACGAUUACAGCCGAGUCCACCUGAGCACAGGAAACGGAGAGGCCGGAAGCGACUACAUCAACGCCAGCUACAUUGAUGGCUACAAGGAAUCCAAGAAGUACAUUGCAGCUCAAGGCCCAAAGGAGGAAACUGUGUGUGACUUCUGGAGGAUGAUCUGGGAGCAGCGGUCUUCUAUCAUCGUCAUGGUGACGCGCUGUGAAGAGGGAAACAAGAACAAGUGUGUGCAGUACUGGCCUUCUCUUGACCGCGAGACUGAGAUAUUUGAGGAGUUUGUUGUUAAGCUCAAUUCGGAGGAUCACUUCCCUGAUUAUUCUAUCCGCCAUCUUAACCUAACUAAUAGGAAAGACAACUCUGAGCGAGACGUGACCCACAUCCAGUUCCUCAGUUGGCCCGACCACGGCGUGCCGGAGGAGCCCCACCUCCUCCUGAAGCUCAGACGCCGCGUUAACGCCUUCAAAAAUGUUUUCAGCGGGCCCAUUGUCGUCCAUUGCAGUGCCGGUGUUGGCAGGACCGGCACCUACAUCUGCAUUGACGCCAUGAUAGAGUGUCUGGAGGCUGAGGGCAAAGUCGACAUCUAUGGAUACGUUUUCAGUCUCCGCAAACACAGAUGUCUCAUGGUUCAAGUGGAGGCCCAGUACAUCCUGAUUCACCAGGCCUUGUUGGAGCACAACCAGUUUGGUGAAACUGAAAUCUCACUGUCAGAGCUCCACAGUGCACUGAGCAUACUUAAAGAGAGCAACUAUGCCAAUGAACCAACAUUACUGGUGGAUGAGUUUGAAAGACUUCCCACCUACAAGUGGAAGACAUUCAACACUGGGAUCACAGAGGAAAACAAAAAGAAGAAUCGCUGUUCAACUAUCAUCCCCUAUGAUUACAACAGAGUGUUGCUGAGGCUGGAUGAAAGGCAGAGUCAGGAUAGCAGCCGUGAUGAAUAUCAUGAGGAAGAGUCAUCUGAUAGUGAAGACGAUGAGGAGUCCACUAAAUACAUCAACGCUUCCAACAUUCACGGCUACUGGGGCCCACGCAGCUUUAUUGUAGCACAGACUCCUCUGGCCAACACUGUUAGUGACUUUUGGUUGAUGGUUUACCAGAAGAAAGUGUCCACCAUCGUCAUGCUGUCAGGCGCUAGUCCUGAUGUAAAGGAAUCUGUGUACUGGGAUAAGGAGAACACUGGAGAUAUUGAGGUAGAGGUGACCUCAACAGAUGCCUCUCCAAAUAUUAUCAACCGUAACGUGCUGAUUCGUCACGUCAAGAGGAAAGAGAGUCGUGCAGUGAGACACGUCGAAUUCCUGAAGUGGGCCAAUAGUUCACGACCAGAGAAACCUCAAGAUCUGACUGACAUGAUUAAAGAUGUCAAGCGUAGUUGUGACUGCGGCAAGACACAAAGAGGCCCUCCAGUUGUGGUCCACUGCAGUGAUGGCUCGUCCCGUUGUGGUGUUUUCUGUGCUCUGUGGAACCUGCUCGACAGCGCUGAGACUGAAAAGGUCGUGGACAUUUUCCACGUGACCCGAACCUUGCGGAAGGAGCGAGAGGGCAUGAUUGCAAGUCUGGACCAGUACCAGUUCUUGUAUGAUGCACUGGACGCGGCCUAUCCUGUGCAGAACGGAGAGGUGAAAGCGGUCCGGGCCUCUGAAAUGGAUUCUGUCCAGUUGGUCAAUGAAAGCACAACAACAGAGAAGGCUUCAGACGAAGUCUGCACUACCGAGGUGGGCCAGCAAGGGGCUGCAGAGAGCGAUGAUCGGGUGGCCCAGGUAGGGCAGGAGGAGAAAAAGGAGGCCGAAAAAUUAUCCAGUAUUGUCACAGAGACACCACUUGAGGACAAUGUCACUCGGGAGGUGUGAGGUGUUGCAAGUUUAUUUGCAGCAAUACGUGCUUCAGUCGGAUGCUUCCGUGUGGGACAGUAAUCAUGUUUUAAACUAAGACAGAUUUUAUUUUAGAGAUCUUAGUCUAAACCUUCAGUUUUGGGGGGAUCAGUCCAAGUUAUGUGAGUGAGUAAUAUACAUAUCAUCUUUUUCAAGAUUACACAUCUUUUAUUUUUGGAAUGCUUUUAAGUUUAAGAAAGAUGGCGAACAUGUUGAUGGUCAACAUACCACUGUUACUGCAUAAUGUCUCAUAAUAAUUGUUCGUAUUUGAGUACAUCGCUGAGUACUUUAAACGUUUGUAAUUUGUUACAUGAUACUGCAUUAGUGACUAAGCUACAGUAUGUUCCUACAUUUUUUUUUUAACUGAUCCUCAUCAGUCUCAAUGUCCAUUGUCAGAAUCAGAAUCAUCUUUAUUUGCCAAGUAUGUCCAAAAAAAACACACAAGGAAUUUGUCUCCGGUAGUUGGAGCCGCUCUAGUACGACAACAGACAGUCAAUUGACAGAGAACACUUAUGAGACAUUGACAAAAAAAAAACUGUCACUGAGCAAUAAGGGGUUGCUAGUUGUCUGGUAAUGCCGGUACAUUUUUUUAUUUUUUUUGUCUCUGCUAUCAUGCCUAUGGUUUGAAAGUCAUAUUGUAAAAAUAAAAAGAUGAAGCUAAAAAAUG